AUGACUGCGAAAGACGUGCUGAGCGACGCGAUCACCGCAUGGGAUCAGGCCGCGAACGCAGAGAAGAGCGAGGCGCCGCCGCCGCCGCCGCCCGAGGCGCCUGCGGAGCCCGCGCCGGAACCGGUGCAUAACCUGCCGGCCGCCAUGCAGCAGUUCCAGCAGCCGUGGCUCAGCGCCGAGGUACCCACGCUGCGCCUGUGUGCAGUGCGCAUCCAGGGGCUGCGUAACGUGCGCCCCGGGUUCCUUGCAUCGCUCUGCAAGCCGUACGUCGACGGGACGAGCGGCGAGACAAAGCUCGGCCAGGCGUGGUACGGCGGCCGCACCGAGUUCGCGCCGCCCGGCGAGCCGACCACCUUUCGCACACUGCUCGAGGCGACGACGGCGCUGAGCUCGGAUUUGUCGCGCCUGGACAUGGUGCGCGACAUUGCCGCACGCCUCGAACCGUCGCGACUCUCGACUGGCAACCCCGAGGAGGACGUGGACAUUGUGCUGCAGGUCAAGCCGUCCAAGCGCUUCUUUCUCAAGACAAAUACAAGUGUCGGCCAGAGCGAGGGCACGGCGUCCGUCCAAGGCAAGGUGCGCAACGUCUUUGGUGGCGCCGAAACGCUCGAAGGCAGCGCGACGCUCGGUACACGCACGCGGUACGCGUACAAUGCGGUGCUGUCGACGCCGGUGAUGGCGUCGCCGGACGUCUGGGCGAGCAUUUCGGCCCUGUCGCAGCACCGCGACAUGUCGAGCUACAUCAGCGCACACGAAGGACAGCACGCGUUGCGUGCGGCACUCAUGGUCAUGCGUGGCGACGGCGUGCGCCGCGAGCUUGCGUAUGAGGCGACACAUCGCCACUUUCACCACCUCCUCCCCGAAGCCUCUGUCGCGAUCCGCCGCCUGGCGCAGCCCUCGAUCAAGUCGGCACUGACCUACACGAUGGAGCACGAUACCCGCGACGACGCGUUCAUGACCACGACCGGAAGCCACACGCGUGCUGUGCUCGAGUACGCCGGCCUCGGCGGCGACACGUCGUUCGUCAAGGCCGACGGCUACGCCUCGAUCGCGCGCGCAUUUGGGCAGGGCUGGGCGUGGUCGCUCGGCGCACGCGGCGGCCUUUUGCACACACUCGACGGGCGCCCCGCGUGCCUGAGCGACCGCUUCAUGCUCGGCGGCCCGACCGACGUGCGCAUGUUCCGCCUAAACUCGCUCGGACCCCGCCAGAAGUACGACUCGCUGGGCGGCGACGCGUACUGGGCGCUCGGCGCCUCGCUCCUUGCCCCGAUUCCCGCGCGCGCCGACUGGCCGCUCAAGUUCCACCUCUUUUUGAAUGCCGGCCAGCUUGCGCAGGUCCAGCAGGGCAAACGGUUUGUGCCUACGUCCUACUCUGAGCUACUGCAGCCGUCGGCGUCGACCGGUAUCGGCCUCCUCUUUCAGCAGGGGCCGGUGCGCCUCGAGCUCAACUUUGGCCUGCCGUUGCUCGCGCGCCGCUCCGACGGCACGCGCAAAGGCCUCCAGUUUGGCAUCGGCCUCGAGUUCCUAUAG